UCCUAGUCGUCCGAUAAGAGGAGAGCGCAUCGGUCGAAAUCUGCGCGUGACUUUUUCCGAUCCAGAAGUCGAUUAGUUAGUGACUUUAUCCUAAUUGAAAUCAAAACAAAGGCAAGGUCCCCGCGGUUGAGUCACACGUUCGCCAUGAGUCGUCCAUGAAUGUAGAUCUGCUAUCGGGUGGAUGGCAAAGAUUCGAUAUCGACAGUUCGGAAUUUCAGAACAAGGCAAAAAAUCGUGUCAAAAAUAAUCACAAUUUAUCGCGCAGAUAUUACGUAGAUUGAUUACAGGCGGCGUGUUCGUGUAAUCAUCAUCCCGGCAGUGCCUGUGUGUGAAGUUCUGAUAUAGGUACAUGUUUAUGAAUUGUUUUCCUUGGCUCUGAAUGCCAAUUUUGGACGACCAGCAGUCAGUACUGGACGGACAAUGAGAAAGCGCGCGUUCGCGAGGGAUUUGAACCGAACGUACAUACCUUUAUGUGACCAUUGUUGAUUGGAGCUGGUGAAUCGAGCGACGGAAAUUGGAAGAAAGUGUGCGAUCGAUCGUCUCGUUGCCAUCGGUUGUUAUCGGUGUCACCCCUAGCGGUGUGGAGUGAAGUGUGAUCGUGCCGGUAGUGUGCAGCAGACUCCUAUCUUUGGCAUAAUGGUGUUCAAUUGUACCCUGUGCGGAAUGGGCCCACGGGCCACCAUACUGUUCGUCGGGAUCGCAUCGCUGUUAUUUUCUGCCGGAUAUAUAUUCUUCUCCAUAUCGGGCAUUCUGGCUCACAACUGCCAGUUGAACAUGACCUCGUCUCCUGAGGAAUACGGCAUUUAUAUGUAUUACCUGCGCAACUCGGAAUGUGGUGCCGUCAACCUAACUAACCUGGGCAUCAGAGACAUCCCCAAUGACUUCAAAGUCAUUGUGCCAGAUGUUUCCGAGGCAGCCCAGCGGACCUACAUAUUCUGCAUCGUCGGAGUGAUUCUGUUUGGAGUGUGGUUUAUUACGUCAGUGUUUUCGUUAUUUUCGAUAUGCACUUCUUGCAUUGGAAGAUGCUGUGUAGCAGUUGGAAUAUAUCCGUACGUUAUUACCUUGUUCCUGGUGCUUGUCUACAGUGCCGUGGCAUUUGUAUUCUACUUGAUUGAUUUCAUCGAAAGCUUUGACAUCGAUUUUGUACUUGAGCUGCUGGAAAUCGAAAAUAAAAAAGAUGUUCGAAUAUUGUUGAGGACAAUCGAUGAGAUUAUACUAGUCGUUCCUCCCUUGAUUAUGUGGAUCACAGUAAGCUUCGGAGUCUUAUUCUGGUUCAUGUUUCUAACGUUGGCCUUCGUGAUGCUUGGAGUCGCUAGUCGUUUGUGGGAAGAGAACAAACCUGCUCCUUCAUAUAAUCAAGCAGUACAACAAACCAGAACCACCAUGCCAGCUACAGCCCCUGUGGAAAUGACUGAACAUCACACUGCAGUUGUACAUCAAUCAGCUGUCCGCUAUAACGAUCCUGCACUACAACCAAACGAACCAAUACCAUACCACCAGCUGCCUCCUUCUAUGAUAGACGUCCGAAGAACUAUCGAACCGCUGAAGAGCGGCCAUGAACCCAUGCAAACUUUACAGGUUUCACAUGUACCGUUGAGCAAUAACAACAACAACACCCACUACAACAACUACCCCAACGAGCCUCCAUCACCUCUGAGACAGCAGUCCAUGGUCAACCCCUACACCGACAAACGGUUUUCCUACAUGCCUGGAAAUCCGCAACCCUUCUCGUACCUCGCGGGACCAUCGCAACAUCCCAGCCCCAGGAGCUCGACGACCCUCCCGGAGAUCCGCAAACAACUGCCAUGGAGCUACUUCCCACCGCUGGAAGAAUCCGCAAUGCCAAAACGGGUAACCUCCACUCUGACCGAGCACAAGGAGUUCCCCGGACAAGAGAUUAGCGCCCCGAUAGCCAAACCGGGCACCGUAGACGAUCGGUCCAGUGACGAAGGAAAAUGGAGCGGUCCGGAGUAUCGUUACUGAAACCCUGGGUCCUGGGACACGACCGAAACCAAAGAUGCCAUCAAGUGCGAUGUGAAAACGAUCAAUCAACCAGUCAUCCUCUAGCCUGUACGAGACUUGUACAUAAUCACUUAGUCCGAACCUCUCGCGCUGUUGAGCAGCGUGCAGAGUAAUUAGCUUGUAAGCCACUUGUAACGAAUCGUAUUAAAUAUAGCUCCGCUGGAAUUAUAAAAUCAAAACAAAUAAGUACU